AAAUGUGGUAAACAUAACCCCAUUUAUCACGUUUUUGUCGUGUUUUCUUGGGAGGAUUUCUUCCCCAAAAAUCACCUUUUCUCCUAUAAAUCCUCACUCAUUUCUUCUCUCCACCAAUGCCACGGUACAAAUAAACCCCAAAGUGUGAGAAAUGGGACGAAUAAGGUGGCGAUUACGUGAAAUUCCAGGAAGACUGUACGAAAAUAUUCGUUUUAAAUAUGACUACACGAUUAUGUGUAUUAAGUCGCUCAUGUACAAUCAUCACCUGAAUCAGAGUUAUGUGUCCGAUGUGUGUAUGGAGCCAAUCUUCUGGUUCGUCGACAAUUUCACUCAUCUCCUCGGACCGUUCUUUGUUAUUGCUGUCGCUUGCCUAACAUCCGCCGUAGUCUUUAUAUCUUACUGGAUCGGUCUGCCUUACUGGUGGGCCAAGAGCCAGGAGAUGACUGUGAUUCUGGUGAUUGUCGGCAAUUGGCUGCUCUUGAAUGUGGUCUUUCACUACUACAUGGCUGUGGUCACCCCUCCGGGCUACCCGCCGGAGGGUGAACUGAUUGUGGAGGCGGUGAGCAUCUGCAAGAAGUGCAUAGCGCCAAAACCACCGAGAACCCAUCACUGUUCCGUCUGCAAUCGAUGCAUUCUCGCCAUGGAUCACCACUGUCCGUGGCUGAACAAUUGUGUGGGAUUCGGCAAUCAUCGAUACUUCUUCCUCUACAUGGUGUUCACGGCGGUGGGAUCACUCUUCAUAAUCGUCUUCGGCAUGGGCAUUGGCUACAAUUCGCUGAUACUGGGCGACGGUGAGGGCUGGCUGGAGACGGAGCCGCUCGAAGGGCAUCCAGUUCGCUUUAACAUUUCCGGACAUGCUCUACCAAUUACGGAGAUGAAUGAGUAUGGCGAAGACGGAGUAAUGCCAGUGCACCACGAUCUUCCUGUUCCUCAUGAGUUGGCCAACAAUGCUGCCAAACAUCGGGCAAUAAUUUUCAUGGCAAUGAUCAAUGUUGCGGCUUUCUUUGCACUAGGAUCACUCAGUAUUUGGCACUCAAAGCUCAUCGGUCGUGGUGAGACGAGCAUUGAGGCGUACAUCAAUAGAGCGGAGACGAAGAGACUCGCGGCUCUCGGCAAGACGUACAUAAAUCCGUAUAAUUUCGGUAAGAAGAAGAACUGGAGGCUCUUUCUGGGGCUCGUGCGUGGCAGAUCUUGGUGGCGACACGUUCUCCUGCCAUCCACGCACAGGCCUCAAGGCACUGGUCUUACCUGGCACACCGUGUCCAGUGAGAGUCAAUUGCUCAGUCCUGAAGACGAUUGGCCGUAG